AUGUUUGACAACGAAUUAUUUAUUAAUGAGGUAUCGAAUGAGGAAUCUAUAUGGAAUAUAGAAAAUAAGUUAUACCAUGAUAAGAAUGCCAAACAUGUAAGCUGGACCAAGGUGGCCAGAGCUUCUAUUGCAGAUUUCGACGAGCUUGAGGACAUUAUUAAAAGCAAAAAAAUAGCAGAAUUACAGAAAAAAUGGAAAUCUUUAAGGGAUAGUUACCGUCGUAAAUGCAUCACCAAAUCUGGGCAAGCAGCAACAAGAUCUAAGCCGUACAUAUAUGCCAAUGUACUUGAAUUUUUAAGACCAACCAUGCAAAAUCGAACGACUGAAAGUAAUAUACAGUCAAGCGAAGACGAGAAGAGAUCAUGGCCAAUUCCGAUGCAGAGGCCACCAAAUAAAAAAUUGAAAAAAAAUCCAAAGAAGACUGCGACAUCGAAUUUUGGAUCCUCUUUGUUGAAAAUAUUAGAAAACCGCCAAAAAAUACCAGAAGACCCGGAAAAAUCUUUUUUGUUGUCAUUACUCCCUCAAAUUAAAUCGUUGGACGAAGACCAAAAAACUCGGCUGUAUGUUGAAUUUUUAAAUGCCAUACAACGAGUAAAAAACUGCUCUGUAACCCCUACUUAUCCUUAUAAUACACCAAAUAAUCAACCUUACUCCCCAUUCCCCCCUCAACACUAUUACACCACAAAUAAUAAUCCUCAAAGUGUAUCUUCAUCUAUUUCUCAUCAAACACCACUAUCACACAUGCCACAUUUUAAUAUUACUCCUCAUCAAUAUGCUUCCCAAAAUGUGCCUACAACUAUGAUAAACAAUACUACUAUUACUUCUCCACAAAGAGUGAAUGAUGAAUUAAACUAUGUUCCACAGUCACCCUCUACUGAAAUUCGUUCUGCUCAAAAACAAAACCAUUACUAUAAUUAUUAA